AUGGAAGAUGGAGCGAUCUCUGAUUUGCAGAUAAGUGCUUCGUCUCAAAAGACCGAUAGUUUUGCGGCAAGUCGGGCCAGGUUAAAUGUGAAACUGACCGGAAUUAAGCAAGGAGGCUGGUCGCCUUUAAAAGACGAUCUUAAUCAAUGGCUCCAGGUGGAUCUUCGUAGUUAUACCACAGUAACACGUUUGGCAACACAAGGAAGGGAUGGAUCAGAUGAGUGGGUCACCAAAUUCAAGUUGCAGUACAGUGUUGAUGGACUAAUAUAUCACUUUUACAAAGGAAGAGGAGAAAGCUCAUCAACGGUACGUAAAUCAUACUAAAAAUGAACAUCUCGCCCCAUGUAAGGAAAUCCGGAUUCUGGACUCCCAGAAAUUUUUCCUUUGGAAUCCGAAAUUCUUUGAAUGUUUUUCGUGUGGAAUCCGGAGUCCUGGACUAUCGAAUCCAGAAUCCAGCUCAAGGAGUCCGCUAACGAUUGGAAUCCGAAAUCCAAGUUCUUCCGUUGGUUCUUUCCUUGCUGGAGAGGUUUUUCUCCGUUUUCUCUGUUUUUUCCCUCUCGUAAACAUCCAACACUUACAAGUUUCAAUUCGAUAUAGAACUCACGGACACGUUUAAACGAAUUCCUAAGCGCUUCGUGGGUAAACAAAUUACUCAAAAAACAUUCGAAAUGCCCAGGUCACGAGAUUUCUUAACAACUUUUUCUCUUGCUUUUAGAUUUUUGAUGGAAACCAAGAUAGUAACACCAUUGUAUAUAACAAGUUGAAUUCACCAAUCACGGUACGCUUAUUUCGGUUAUUGCCAAUAGAGUGGCGCAAUCAUAUAUGUCUCAGAAUGGAGAUCUACGGUUGUCCAGGUAAGUAAGCCGGUUAACAGUUAUUAAACUGCUACCAUCAAUUAAACCAUAUAUGCUGAAGUCAACACACAUUUUGGUCGGUCAUUACCUGGGAUUAGUCAAAGUACAAAUGCACGGAUGACAUUAUGAAAGCUUUUUCAAGUGUUUCGUCCCACAUACAUGAUCAUUCGCUAUGUUCUAAAAGAAUGAAAAAAACUGGGUACGAUAUACGACCACAAAGUUUCUUGGGAUCGUUUGGAGGCACAACAUGAAAGUCAACAAAUAUGUCGUAACGCAACAUGUCGUUACAAACUGCAAUGAUAAGUUAGGAAAGGCAACCAUUCGUUACUCAUAAUGUUCUACAGAACUCCCAAAGAACCUUAUGCACCAAGUAUGUCUCCUUCAGUCAGAGUGACCUUCAGAGCGUGGCUUGCUACUCUCCGCCGUGUUUUUGCUCUGUAUUCAUAUUGUCCGCUGUUUCUUUGAUCUGUAAGUAUAUUGUCCAACCGUUAAGGGUCCUCCACCAUAAUGUUCCAAUAUUUUAAUUUCUACUUAUCAACCUCGUUAUUGACUGUAUUACAGGUUGUAUAGCUCCUCUUGGUAUGGAAAAUGGAGCAAUCUCUGAUGCCCAGAUAAGCGCCUCUUCGCAAUGGGACAACUAUCAUGGUCCGCGUAGAGCUCGAUUAAACGGGAAACGGUCUGCUGGAAACGGCGUGGGAGCUUGGUGCGCCAUCACCAAUGACAUUUAUCAGUGGCUUCAAGUUGAUCUUCGGAAAUAUACCACAGUGACUCGCAUAGCAACUCAGGGCAGAAGUGAUUUGAACCAAUGGGUUACCAAGUACAGGUUACAGUACAGCGAAGACGGAGUGAACUUCCAUUUUUAUAAAGCACUAGGACAAGAUUCGGCAAUGGUACGCCCAGUUAAUAUGCUUCUCGCCUCAUUUUACGUAAUCCGGAUUCCGGAAUUCGGCAAAUUUUUGCGUAAUCCGUGAUCUGGCAAGACGGUGAUACUUGUGGAAUCCGGAAUCCUGUUAAUGAAGCUCAAAGAAUUCGAAAAUUUCGCUAACGAUUGGAAUCCAGAAUCUAAGACUGUCUUGGAUCACUUUACAUGGGGCGAUUGUUUCUCUACCAGUGGUGGAUCCAGGGGGAGGGUCCAGGGGGUCCGGACCUCCCAUAUCAGACCUGACGCUUGUUUGAGACUGAAAUUCUCACAUCAGCAGGAUCGUAUAUCACUCUUUAACUCACUGACUUUUUUCGUGAAACGCGCGUUGUACUUGCCACUAAACUAAAUUCCAGGGAUAUUCAAAAAAUGUAAUUGUUUUGGGUACCCUCCUAUGAUCUGUUCGCCUCUGCUCGCCAAGCAGUAUUUCCCGCGCAACCGGCGACCGGCGUUCGCAGAUUGAGAAGCGCGUGCUCGUCUCUGUGAGAAGUAAUUUGCCACAAAAAAUUUCAAAAGUCCUUUCUGAACCAAAGUUUGGACGCCCCCCCCCCCCCCAUCAAAAAUUCCUGGAUCCGCCCCUGUCUACGUUACUUGGUUCUUGUUUUUGCUGUUGUUGUUAUUAAUUAUUAUUAUUAAUUUGCUGUAUUUAAGAAAAUUCAUUUAUAGUUCAAAAGGUUACGAGCCAAUAAUAAUUAAAAAUAUAUCGGUGUAUGAAAUAAUUGUUUAUUAUGUUUGGAUAGUUGUUUGAUGGAAACAAAGACAGAAACACGAUUGUUUACCAAACAUUGAGCCAGCCAAAAACAGCGCGUUAUUUCAGGAUACUUCCGGAGGCUUGGUACGGUCACAUAUCAAUGAGAAUGGAACUCUACGGCUGUUCAGGUAUUUUUUAAAAAAAACUGCCUGAGGAUUUUUCAUUUCGCGGCCUUCACACCAUAAUGGAAUCCCAAGUCAUAUACAAUCAAGAAACCCAAAUUGCAGCGAAUACUGCCGAGCUCAACUUCAGUUCAAGUUUUUAAAGUCACCCGCCUUAAUAAGACUUUUGAUAAGGCAGAAAAUACGUGGAGACAAAAAGCUAGGCCGACUGUCUAGCUUAUCCUGAAUUAUUUUGAAAAUUCCUCAGGGGCGUCUCUAUUUCCUGAAGAGGUCAGAAGGUGUCCUAGUGGACUUUCUCAAAGUCCUACCCUUCUAAUUUACUCUUCCUGUAGUAACUCACUUGUGCCGCAGAAGACAAAAACAUCUCCCGCUCGUGCUUCGCGCUCGAGAAAUUUUUUUAGCUCGACUUGAGGGUAAGUCUAGUAUCCCAGCUGCAUGUGCAGUCAGCCUUGAUUUAUUUAUUUCUUGUAUGACCUUCCUGACGUGAUCGAAAAGUUUAUGAAACUUUUUUUGAAAUAUGUUGGCUUUUGCGGUAUCAUGACAAAAUACCGUUUUGACAUUGAUGCAACAUCUAACAUACAUGUAAAUUUACUCUACUGAUCUUUCUUACGAUUAGCCUGUGAAGCGCCUCUGGGCAUGGAAAGCGAAGCAGUUACCGAUUCUCAAGUAAGCGCAUCUUCACAACUGGAUGGCCAACAUUCUGCAGCGAAAGCCAGGUUGCAUUUCAAAACAGACGAAAACAAAGAUGGAGGCUGGUCAUCUCACACGAGCGAUCCCAACCAAUGGCUUCAGGUGGAUUUCCGUAGCUAUGCCACAGUAGCACGUAUUGCGACCCAGGGUAGACACGCCCACAAUGAAUGGGUAGUUAACUACAGAUUAAACUAUAGUGAUGAUGGCGUGACAUUCCAAACGUGCAGAGUGCCAGGAACCAAUAUCUCUAAGGUACUGCUCUGUCCUGAAAAAUGGCUCUCUUUCACGCUUUUUUUGCAAGAGUAAGGAACUGGAGCCGAAAUGUGUCCCUCAAUUGUUUCUUGGAUGGAGACUGGGGACUCGCCGUUCAGCUACUGACCAAUUUUUUCCCUGUCCUUAAUAACAAUUCCAGAACUCUUUGCUAAGCCUAUUUUUUUUCUUGUUUUUUAACUGGCGAAUUGCGUCCUUAUAAUCUUUCUACUUACACAUAAGCUUUUUAAUGAAUUGAACUAAACGAUGUAUUGUUUUCAUUCUGAUUGACAUGCGUACUUUUUACCCCAUUGAAAUAGCGCCUCUCAAGAACUCCUUUUAACAGGGGUUUUCCUCCUACUGCUUGAAAGCAUUUCAUGUUCCCCGAGUCCUGUCGACGUAAGUACACUGUUAAUGUUUGUUUUCUUCGUUUAGGUUUUUGCUGGUAACAAGGACAGUGACAGCGUUGUGACCCAAGACUUGAAUCCGCCAAUCACAGCACGCUUUUUAAGGAUCCUGCCGACCAAGUGGAAUAACCGGAUUUCCCUCAGAAUGGAGCUCUAUGGUUGUGCAGGUAUUCUGAAGUAUUUUCUGAGACUUCCUUUACCCAACCUAUCGACUCAGUGUUCUUUAUUUUUUCUUUCACUUGCUUACUAAAAGCGACAUGUUCUUGUUAUUUUUCUUCAACUUAAUGCAGUCGCUCGUGCAAUAUUUUGGCCACUUUUAUACUGAAUGAACGGAAUGAUAAAGGAAGAAAAGCCUGCACAUUACAGUCCAAACGUAUUUUAGAUUUCAUAUAUUUAUAUUCCUUGUUAUGGUCAAGCUUGCUUCGCCCCACUUGGAAUGGAAAAUAAUGCUAUUUCAGACGGCCAGAUAAGCGCUUCUUCACAAGUGGAUGAAGAUCACGCUGCAAACCAAGCUAGAUUACAUGCUAAGAUAAGUGGCAGCAAAGGCGGUGGUUGGUCAGCUCUCAAAAAUGAUCCUAACCAAUGGCUUCAGGUAGAUCUUGGGACUUACACCAGAGUAACACAUGUGGCUACUCAGGGAAGAAACUCCUUUAGUGGGUGGGUGACUAAGUACUUGUUGCAGUACAGCGACCAUGGAUUCGUCUUUCGGUCGUAUGAAGAAGCAACUAACGCCUCCGCAAUGGUAAGUCUUUGCUCUCGGGCGGAAAGUUUACAUCUCGAACACUACUCAGGUUAAAACUUGAUAUGAUCAGUCGUAUUGCUUCCAGUGGCAACUCCAGAGUUUCAUUGAACUAGACCCUAACACUAAAAUCAUGACUUUAUAAACAAUACCAACGCCUUUUUUCCCGCAAGGACUCAGCAAAGGUUUAUAAGAGGAGGCUCCGUCCCGAGCUUCAACCCUUUACCCUUUACCCCUCUUACUUACCUUUUUGAGAAUGAAGACUGCAAGCAGCAGGUUUUUCUCCCUAAAAAUCGAUUUUUUUAAGGCACCCACGUGAGAUUUUCGCACGAGGCACACAAGCCUUACAAGCCCAUAGCCCAUAGUCUUUGUUCUUGACCAACGCAAAAAUAACGGUUGUUUUGCUGGACCAGUGCUGAACAUAGCGAUAGCAAGGACGACAGGUUGGUUCCCCAGUUGUGGCAGUUCGGGAGGAUUCAUCGUAAAUGCCAUACAUCAAUGAUAUUUACAUGUAAAUGUCAAUAGCAGUUCUAUUCAGGAGUACGUUCACCGGGACGAUCAUACUCAACCUACUUAUGAAAUUGCUCCUGGGUUCAAACCUUUCACAGUUUCUUAUUACUUUGAUUCUACUUUUUUAGAUUUUUGUUGGAAACAAAGACAGCGACACGGUUGUGUACAACAUUUUAAAACCACCAAUCACAGCACGCUUCAUUCGAAUUUUGCCGUUAGAGUGGCACAGUCAGAUAUCAUUGAGGAUUGAAAUUUAUGGCUGUCCAGGUAAUUCAAGAUGUGUCGGAAAACAAUAAAUCAUAAUUAAAUAUUUAUACAAAGAGCCUGCCUGGAUGUUUUCCCUGUUAGCCCUACUGUUGACUUGUCAUAGUAUUACGACACCAAUCAACUUAUGCAAAUUUUGGUGGAAUAUCGGUACAGUCUAGUCUGAAAACAAAUUCUCUUCUCUUUGAUUCUGGCGCUUUAAUGAUCCUCACCUAGUUUGCACGAGAUAAUGUUUCUAUUCGUUUCUGUGAAAGAAGUGUUCGAAAAUUAAGUAAGGAAAUUCGCUUCACUUUAGCCAAAGAUUUCUAGGAUGUUUUUAACGCGGUAUUAGAGAUAUUCACGUAUUUAUUCAGGUUGUGUAAAAUCACUUGGAAUGGAAAAUCAAGCCAUUUCCGAUGCCCAAGUAACAGCCUCGUCACAAAUGGACAACACCCAUUCUGCAAGAGAGGCCCGAUUGCAUUCCAAGUCAGAUGGGAACCAAAGAGGUGGCUGGGUAGCUCUCAAGAAUGAUUUCAACCAAUGGCUUCAGGUCGAUCUUGGUACUUUCACCAGAGUAACACGUGUGGCAACUCAAGGAAGGGAUGGGUAUGAUCAGUGGGUGACCAAGUACAGGUUACAGUACAGUGAUGAUGGAGACACCUUUCACUCUUUUAAAGUGAUCAACAUUAACUCUGCGAAGGUAUGGAUGUCUAGCCUGCAGAGCAGGCGUUUUUUUUCUUAACGAAAGCUUGGAGGUACCGCGGGAGCCGUAUUGAAAGCAACUAAAAAAGUAAUUGACUGGCCCCAACACUGUAAGUUUCUCUGUCCAAGAUCGGAGGACAUGAUAUCAUCAUUGUUUCCGCUGCAAAAAUACGCCUUCUGUUGACUUAUAGCUUUCUGGUAUUUUUCCUAUAUUCAGGUUUUUCCAGGGAAUCAGGAUAACAGCACAGUUGUUUACAACCCAUUGAGUCCACCAGUCACGACUCGCUUCAUUCGGCUGAUUCCAGUGGGCUGGCAUAGUCGCAUAUCGAUGAGAAUAGAGAUCUACGGCUGCCCAGGUACUGAGGAACGAUUUCAUAUAAAUAAUGUAUUUUCCCUUUGGCUUUACUAUUGCCACUACCACUUUCAUCAUGUCAUUACCUGAAACAUUGCAACCAUCUUCCCAAUCUCGCCUCUUGUAUUUAGUAAUCUGAAGUUCCGAAUCCUGGAAAUUUCGCUUGUGGAAUCCGAUAUCUUAAGGUGACUGAACACAGUUUUGCGGCGGUAACUCGUGUGACGGCGCCUGUUUUAAAUUAGACAAACAAACAUGGCGGCGAAAAAAGCAACGGUACACGGAAGAUAUUUGGCAGAAUUUUCACUUUUAUCGUAUUUAAGAUAAUAAGAACUUUAAAAUGGAAGUUGAACAGACGAAUUUUGUGACACAUUUAAUAAUUACAGUACAAUUGUAUUAUUGAUUAUCUAAAAACCCGUGUGUUAAAGUUUGGUCAAAUAAGUUUUAAAUGGUAAUGAUUACUUAUAGUAAGCUGUGUGGAAAUUUAAACGAAAAUCUAAUGAGCGAAUUUUAUAUAAACUGAUCAAAAUUGAAAUUUUAAGUUUGUAUUCAAUCGUCACAUUUUACCUGUCAAUCAAAAUCUUUCAUCAGUAUAUUUUUCACUUGCCAAGUUUCAGCUUGUCAGCUGCAACCUCUCUCUUGCCAUGAUUUGGUAAAUGACAUUUACUCACAAACUGCCAAAACUGUGUUCAGCCACCUUAAGCUUUAGAAUCCUGAAUCCUGCUAACGAUUAGAAUCUAGAAUCUAAGUUCCACUGUCUAGGAAUGCGGGAUCCAGUGCCUGGGAUCCACAGCGUUGAAUUCAGAAUCCAGGACUGUCUUGGAUCAAUGGACAAUGGGCGACCAAUCGCCAUUCCCUCUAACAAUCAUCUUGAUACCACCGUUAUUCCCAACAUCUGGAUCUCAACUAUCUCUCUAUUGUCUUUCCUCGAUUACAGCCCCUGUUGCUAAGGUUUCGCCGUGAUCAAAUAUCGUUGAAAAACUUGUUUUUCCCGCUCUUAACAAUUUAGGUUGUACAGCAGCACUUGGAAUGGCUCUCGGAACAAUCACUGAUGCCCAGAUAAGCGCGUCUUCAAAACUGGACAACACCCAUUCUGCUACGCAAGCCAGGCUGCAUUCCAAAGCGGAGGGAAGCAAAUUUGGAGCCUGGUCAGCCCUUGAAAAUGAUCAUCAUCCUUGGCUUCAAAUAGAUUUCGGUAGCUCCACUAAAAUAACGCGAUUGGCCUCAAGGGAGAAAUGGCUUUAAUGAGUGGGUCACCAGGUACACGUUAGAGUUCUGUGAAGAUGGUGUGAAUUUUCAUCCUUAUAAAAUAAAUCAAUAUGACUUAGAACCCAUUUCGGAGGAGAAAACAUGUCCCAGUAGGUACCACGGGUGUGCUAAGGUUUCUAUUUCUUCACAAACUUGGCGAACCGUCUGAAACACAAACAAAACAUUGGCUCGGCUAGAAAUAUGAGCCGCCUAGCUGGGUUUAAGUGUGAGAUUGACCGUCCUAGCCGCAUUAACGUUUUCCGGUUAAACUUUUCGCCUUGUCUAUCCGGGCCACCUCGGUCAAGGACAGACAAUCAGAACAUAAACAUAACAAGCGCCAUUGUUGGCUCUUAACUCGGCGAAACUCACAUAAACUCUUGCUAAAGUUGACUUGGCUGGGAGGGUGACCCUCUUUCCCUUGACAACCUUUCUUUUCGUGAAAGAGGCCUUACUAAGAUUGGGGGAACUCUGAACUUUUAAGUUAAAACCACUUACCGUAUCACUUUCUAAAAUGCCCUUUCAGAUACAGUAAAGCAUUUCGACUUCAAAAACCUUUUGGAUGUUACGGUUGUCAACAUUUGCAUCUGUGUUCUAUGCGAAAGAUGUCAAUUAUCGAUUGGCAAGGAUACCCAGCUGUAACUAAAAUGUACUGUUAUCGUUAAACGUCAGACUAGCCAAAGCUCCCUACUUGUACAAUUUGAAAUAGUUUUUAAAACAACCUCGUUCUUAAAACCUUUGUUUGCUUUGUAGGCCUUUCAAGGAAAUCAAGACAGUGACACUGUUGUAUACCACACUCUGAUUCCACCAAUCACGGCUCGGUUCAUUCGGCUGUUGCCUCUUGAGUGGCACAAUCACGUGUCUUUAAGAACGGAGGUCUACGGUUGUCCAGGUGCUGUUACGCAAAAA